UGCACGUGACAAAAGAAUGGUAGAGUAAACACAAAUUCACUAGGAAAUCUGCGGCCUCAUUGGUCAACGACUUACGAGCCUGAUUGAUUGGUUAUUGAAUUUAUUACGAUACCUCUUUACUUUAGUUCGAUGUAUCUCGUAUCACAAAUUUUUGGCGACAAAAUUAUUUAAACGAUUUUACUUUAACUAAACAUUUCAUCGUUAUAAAGCCAGAAGCUGUGCGACGGCAAUCUCACUGAUGCUCUUUCGGCAACGUGGUGUGCGAACGCAGCUGCGCGCAGCACUUUCUACACCCAUCGACGAGUAAGAAUACAUAGAUGGAUGCUAAACUGAAUGUUUAGGUAAGGAAAUAAAAGCAGAAGGGACGAGUGUAAUUGUGCUUACUUUCCAUUAGCCAAUCAAAAGUGGUACGCAUUACCUUGGUAACCUCUCAGCGGCGAUCUCUGCGCAGACAGAAGAAAAUACUCCAACUCAAUCUUCCUACAUCGAUGCUCUUUUAUUGCGUUCGCGUCUGCGUCGUAUGCGCGAGUACGUAGCGCAUAGAUAGUUCCAUACCAAUAAUGUCAAUACUCGCGAGCCUCGUAGUCGUGCGUUGAUUUAAUGCGGACGCGCGUUGCACGGACGAGUGUGGUACAAUGCCGCAAUAACGGAAAAACAGGUGCGCACGUUUCCGACGUGAGAUCUUGCGAGAGCGGGCGGGGCGGACGUGCGAACCUCGCCUCUCUUCUUUUUAUCUUUCCCCCCCUCUCUCUCUCUCUCUUUCUCUUUCUCUCUUUUUCUCGUACGUGCACGUCGUUCCGAAGAGGGUAGUGACGCGGGGGGAAGCCUAGGUUAUGAAAAAGUCGUGCAAAUACUGCACGGGCGUGGGUAACAUAUCGACGGUGUGUUUGUCGAACGCGAAGCGUGAUCGCGCUACGAGCCUCGGGGACGACAGUCUGCCGAGCUUUUACAUGAAGGAGCAGGAUAUACCGGAGUACCUGGAGGGCUGCGGGUUAACUACCUGCACGGCCGGCGGCGAUAUGCCAGAGGACAUGGAGGUAUUACGCGACAAUAAAGAACACAUGAAUAACAAGGAGAAGAAACUGUCGACCGCCUCGAUCGUCGGCGGUCUCGGCGGUGGCGGCCAAGCCGACACCAAGAAGACUGUCAUGGUGAAGCAUCCGGAGUCGAACAAGCCGAAACCUACGACGAAGAAGAGCAAGCCGAUCCAGGCGGACCUGGACGUGACCAAGGAGUUUGUGCGCUGCAAGGAUGAGUCCUUGAAGCGGUUGGACCUCAGCAAGGCCAGCAUCACCCAUCUGCCCAGCUCCAUGAGGGAGCUGACGCAUUUGAGGGAGUUCUACCUGUACGGCAACAAGCUGACGACCCUGCCGCCGGAGAUCGGCUGCCUGACGAACCUGGAGACCCUGGCGUUGAGCGAGAACUCGCUCACCAGUCUGCCCAACACUCUGGAGAACCUCACUUCGCUGCGAGUGUUGGAUCUCAGACACAACAAGCUGAACGAGAUACCGGACGUGGUGUACAAGCUCACGUCGCUCACCACGUUGUUUCUGCGGUUCAACCGAGUUAGGUAUGUAAGUGACAGUAUACAGAACUUGACGAACCUCACCAUGUUGAGCCUGCGAGAGAACAAGAUCAAGGAGCUACCCGCGGGAGUCGGUGAGCUCGUCAACCUCGUUACCUUCGACGUUUCACAUAAUCAUUUGGAGCACCUUCCUGAGGAGAUUGGCAAGUGCGUGCAGCUGUCAACACUGGACCUGCAGCACAAUGAGCUCCUCGACAUACCGGACACAAUUGGCAACCUGGUGUCGCUGACGAGACUGGGACUUCGUUACAACAGACUGUCGAGUAUCCCGAAGUCGCUGGCGAACUGCAAGAUGAUGGACGAGUUCAGCGUAGAGGGCAAUCAGGUGUCGCAACUGCCAGACGGUCUGCUGUCCAGUUUGUCGGAGCUCACGUCCAUCACGCUGUCCAGGAACAAUUUCACCGCGUAUCCGUCGGGCGGUCCGUCCCAGUUUACGAACGUUUAUUCUAUUAAUCUGGAGCACAACCAGAUCGACAAGAUACCCUACGGUAUCUUCUCACGCGCGAAGAACCUCGCGAAACUGAACAUGAAGGAGAAUCUGUUGACCGCUCUGCCGCUGGAUAUCGGCACGUGGGUGAACAUGGUCGAACUGAACCUCGGUACGAAUCAGCUGACGAAGGUCCCGGACGACAUACAGUGCCUGCAGAGUCUGGAGGUGUUGAUACUCAACAACAACCUGCUGAAACGUAUCCCAGCCAGCAUAGCGAAUCUGCGUAAGCUACGGGUGUUGGAUCUCGAGGAGAAUCGGAUCGACUCGCUGCCGAACGAGAUCGGUUUCCUGCGCGAGCUGCAGAAGCUGAUCCUGCAGUCGAACCAAAUCACCCUGUUGCCACGCGCGAUCGGCCACCUGACGAAUCUCACGUACCUCAGCGUAGGCGAGAACAACCUGAAUUAUCUGCCGGAAGAGAUUGGCACCCUGGAGAACCUGGAGUCGCUCUACGUCAACGAUAACGCGAAUCUGCACAAUUUACCAUUUGAACUGGCGUUGUGCACGAAUCUCAGUAUUUUGUCAAUUGAGAAUUGUCCAUUGUCGCAGAUUCCGGCUGAAAUAGUGGCUGGCGGACCGUCGCUUGUGAUCCAGUUUCUCAAGAUGCAGGGACCUUACCGGUCGAUGUAACAAAUCAAUUAGGCUGUCGCGCGCGUUCCCGCGUGCUCGAGUCAGAUGGAUGUCGAUUCUUAAUCGGGCAGUGACGAAAAGACUGUUCUGUAACGAACACAUAUGAGAGAUAUAUUCAUGAUAAAGGCAACUGUUGAUUUUUGCUCUCAUGAUCUCAAUUUAAGAAAACGCGCAAAUAUUACCGGGAUAUACUAUAUAUUAAAUAAUUAGAUUGCCUUGUCUCAUAAAAAUAGCAUAAAAAUAGUAGGUUUUUUUUUCUUCUAAAUACAUGAAACAAGAUAAUGUGUAAUAUAAAAUUUGUGCUGAAUUGGGUAUUUUUUUUGCCAAUGGAAGAAGGAGGUAUACAGUACCUUUGUGAAAUCUGAGCAAGAUAUUUCAUAUGUGUUGACAGGUGACAUAAUUUUAUUAACAUAAAUUAUGAUAUCAUUUUGGUGCAGUUUUUAAACAGAUUACACACUUGUACAUGUCUUUAUAAGAUGUAAUAUCGUGUUUUAUAAGUUGCUUUGUUUUAUAUUACAUGAAUAUAAGAAUUUUUAAAUCAUACAUCAACAUAGAUUUGUCUUCAAAAUAUAUUAUAACAAUUAUAGCAUUUUUAGUAAUUAUUUUAUGAUUAUAAUAGUUAAGGAAAACACGAUAUAUAUCUAUUUCUUUUUAUGGAUAAAUAAUAAUUGUAAGAAAUAUGUUUUUGCAAUAAUCUUAAAUUUUAGUAAACUUUGAUUUUAUAUAUCAAUAACUAAAGGAAUAUAGAUUUCAUUUAUUAUAUGAAAGUUUAAUAAAUAAAUAUAGCAUAUAAAUUUAAAAGACUAUAAAUAAGUAGAUAUAUCAUUCUUUUAUAAAGAAAACAUUUGUGCAACAGUGUCGUUUUGAAGGAAUAUAUAUAAUAAUAAACGUCCCGAUUAUUACAUAAGUACAAAUACAAGAGUUGAGAUCUUUGGUACAGAAUCGAAAUAUAAAAUGCGUUAAGAAUCGGCAUCAUUGACGUUGUUAUAUUAAAAGGUUGACAUGUAUUUCGUAUAUAAAUAAUCGUAUGUAAACAAGAAGAAAGAUAUUUUACUAAAAUAUUGAAUCGAGAAAAGUUGUGAAUAUACAUGCACCCAAAAAACGAAUGUCGAUGCGCAUAAGUUUAUAUACUUACACUUACGUAUACAUAUACACGUAUACAUAUACACUUCAUAUAAAAUAUAAAAACAUCGUCGAUCUAAGAUCUUUUAUGGGAAAUCGCUCUUCUGAAACAUAAAACUAUAACUCAAUUUGUCUAAUACAAUAGAUCGUAUCAAAGAAUGCAGUAGAAGUUUUCAUUUAUGCCAUUAAAGUUAAGCAUCUGUAACAGGAAGAACACAUUAAUAUGCCUGUGAAAGUAAGAAUUAUAUAAAGAAAGAAAAUGAAGUAAUGAUGUACGACAUCGUAUUAAAAUUUAGAUUUACUUUUAUUACAUAAUUUGCAAUAAUUAGAGACGCUUAUGUAUAUCUUAUCGAGACGUCAUGAUAAUUGCGCGCGUGUUUGUGAGACAACAAUUGUGAGAUAAAUUCUGUAUGCAAUUAUUCAUAGUAUUUCUUAAACUAGCGAAAAUGAUUCGUGAAGAUAGCAUUUUUGUUUUAAUUAAAUACAUGCAGAUGGAUAUAUGGGAAAGUAUUCGACUGUGUAAAAUGUCUUUUUGAGAAUGUAUGCAUGUUACAGUUUAUAGAUAUUCAAAGAAGUUUUCGUAACGGUGGAAUGUUGUUGAAUAUGGAAGUAUAACGAUAGUGAAACUAUUUUAUAUAUAGCACAAAAAGAGGAAACGAGGAUGAUGCGAUGAAUUAUGCAACGAUAUAUCAUACGCGACAAUUGAAACACUGAAGCUAUUGUAUUGUUUUUGGAUGUGCUUUUAUUAGAUUAAAGAAGAUGCGCUGCCAAAUGUAAGCAUAAAAAAGUUCAAGAGAAAAGAAGAGAUAGAGGACACGACUUUAAGAAUUUUCUUGAGAUUAAUUUUGCUAAGUUCCAUAAAAUCAUUGAUCUUUGCUAUUUCUUUCUCAUUUUUUCUCUCUCUUCCUCAUAUCAAUGUUGUUCUAUACUUGAUUCCGCAUAAAGAAAGAGUGCCAAUGUAAUUGUAAAGUGAUAUACCUAUAUAUAUACACACACAUCACACACACAUAUAUGCGUGUGUCAUGAUUAAUUUUGAAUAAACAUCAUUAUAUCUAUCGCGCAUAAACAGAUUCGCAUUUAAUAAUGUGCCUAUAGAUUUAUAGGUUUUGAGUUCUGAUCUUUAUAGCUUUCGUCAAUAAUUCGUUUUUGUUUUAGUCUUUUAACUUGUGUAUGCGUUGUUAAAUUAUAGAUCUCUCUAUAUAAAUAUGUGUUAAAUGGCUAAUAUGGCUAAUAUGGUUUUCAUCAUCUUAUUUGCAAUAUCUAACAAUUUACUUAAAAGCUGUCUAUAUUAUUUAUAUUAUCGCACAUUUAAUGUUAAAUUAUUUAAUUUAUUUAGAUAAUUGGAUAUAAUUUUGUAGAUCAUAAAUAGGACGAUAGUAAUUUGAUUACAAUCAAUAUUGCAAUAGUCUAGAGAGUCUCGUCAAACAUUGAACGUGCGAACAGAAUUAUACUUAUUUUGUGCAACGCUUUUUAAUAACUUAUAAUUAGUACGUAAUAAUUACUUUCGGAUGCGUGUUUUAAUCGCAAAUCAAAUAUUAUGUUGUGAUCUUUCUAUUUAUGAAUGUAUAUCGGCCAAAAAUGAUUUGCAAAAUUUCGUACAAACUUGUAUGUAUGUUAUUCAACGUUAUAGAGUAUUUGAUGAUUCUAGAUUGUUUAUUAGCCAGCUGACAUAUCAAUUAUUCAUACGUUUUAAUACUUAACUAAUGUCUGGUACUACAAAAAUCUAUACCCUAUACAAAGUUGGAAUUACCAUAAUUACGUGAGAAAAUUUUUACCCAUGUGCUAUGAUUGCUUCUCUAAAUAUCAUUUAUUGAUCGUUCUAAAAUUUUAUCUAUUUUGCCCCAUUCUAUAUCUAUUUAUCACGAUUUUUAAAUACUGCUUUUCAUUAUGCUGCAUUUCUAGCUAUAAAUAUAUUUUCUUCGACAAUUAUCAGAAACGCUUGAUAAUAUCAAUUUUUAUCACAAUUUUGCUAUAUUAUAAAUGUUAUCUUGAUCUUUCUUCGAUCUUUAGCGUUAUAAAAUAUUUAAUGUUGCUGUUGUAAUUUGUGAUUUGACAAUUCUAAUAUUAUAUUGCGCUUUUCACAUAAUUUAUUAAUUAUGCAAUCUUCUAAUCUAUAUUAUCUGUUAUUAUCCCACGUGGACAAGGACACCGCUAGGAUUUAGAUUAGAAAAUGGAACUUAGCAAAUCUUUUGUCAAAAAACCAAGCGAUAUUUUCCCUGUGCUAAGAAUUUAAUGUAUAAUAUGUUGCGAUUAUAUCGCUUCUAUAUGAGUAUAUAUUUUAUGUGUAGCUAUUUAUCCACGAUAGUGCGUAUAUCUACAUUUUAUCUUAUGGAAGGAGAAUGUACUCACAUCUCGUAAAUAUUUUGUCAAAAUUUGUCUCUUGGCUUCCAGUUUUUAAAGAAAGAUUUUGUAAGAAUCUUUGUCGUUACGAUCGCAUAUAAAAUAAGGAAAUUAAUUUAUGUGUUCUGUCUAUUAUUUACGUACAGUGUAACGUAUGUACGAAUGCAUUUUAAUGAUUUUGAACUAAGAAUAAUUAGCAAACGCUACAAAAGCUCGCUUCCAUCUUCGCACCGUUUAUAAAGAUUUUUACUUUGUAAUCCAUUAGAAUAAUUAUAGCGAGCAUUGCGUAAAGAAAAACAAAAGAUUCUUGUUAAUUGAUGAAUACAUGGAGCACUUUAAGUCUGAAAGACAAAAAGUUUAUUGUAUUAUAUGGGAUAAAGGUUGCAACGCACGUAACGGUCGCCAUAGUCCCAUUUAACGUGAAUUAUUAAUAGUGAAAUACGUUUUAUCGAGGACGCAAGCGGUUUAUCGACGUUAGAAAGUAAAUUUAUUUUAAAGAUAUCUCAUAUAUAAUUUACUUAUAUAUAGCAUAAUAUAAUGUUACAUAAGGAGCAAUGUGCAUUAUGUUUUGUAGAGGUCUUUAGAUGUUAUAAUAUUAAUGUAGUUUUAUAUAUCUAUAUACCGUUGCUUUUCAUACAUUUUAUGCGUUAUAUGUUAUUUAGAAUUGCGAAACUAUUUGUUAAUACUUUUGUAAUGCUUCUUUUGUUCUAAAUAUUUGAAUUAUCAAGAUUAUCGUUGCACGAUGAGGCGUAAAAUCAUGUCGAUACAUCGAUUAAAAUGUAAAAAUGUAAUUAUACAGUAAAUUAGAUUAAAACAAAAAAUUGUCCAAAUUCUUUAAUUAAUAAUACGAAAUUUUAUAAUUUUGUGUUAUUAAUUAAUAUAAUAGUCUUAUUAAUAUUGUUUAAUUAAUAAUACGAAAUUCCUGAAUUUCGUAUUAUUGAUUGCUCUGGCUUAGAGGAUUAAUGAGGAGCUUGAAAAAAUUUGUAAUAGGAAAAUAUAUUGUAUAUCAAUAUAUUCUAUAUAUAAAAACUGCAACUUUGAAGAGAAUCUUAAUCAUCAAAUUAGAUUAAUGUUUCUAUGAAUUGUUCGACGUGACGUGGCGGCCGUUUAACAAAUUAGUCUAGCUAUUGAUAUUGAAAGUCUUCAUGUGUGCAAAAUCCAUCGAACCAUUCAUACACGAAUUGCCAACACGGUACAAUACAAUCCGUUGUGAUAAACUGUUAAACAGUUUAAAAAAGGAAUAAAGCAAAAUACAUAGAAUCCGACAGACAGCAUAGAGACUCUGAUGUGGUUUGCAAGCGACAAAUUUACCUGACAAUUGCAAACGCAUAAAUGCUGUUCUCAGAUAAUAAACAAUUGUUGAAUAGUUUAUUGCGCGAUACAUGAUAUUGUGUUAUGUGUAUAAUUCCACCAAAAUGUAAUAUUAAAUGUAACUCAAUGUACAUUACGUAAUUAUAAGAAACGCUGUAUAAAUAUUUCUAAAUACGCAAAUAUAUUAUGAAAUAUUUUGC